UAAAUUAUUUUGUCUUCCUUAGCUUGGCCUCCAUUUAAGUUUCAGCAUUGAUUAUUUUCCUACAAUUUACUCAUGGAAGUCUUUUUUAUUUUUUAUAAGAAUGUUUAUUAUAAUAAUUAUCCUCACUUUCUGUAGAGCUGUAGUAGAGACAUGCAAAACUAUUUACUUGAUCCAAGCAUAAUAAUUUUCUCUGUUGGCUCCUUUGUUUUGAGGGCAUAAGUUAAGUUCUUUGGGGAUGGCACAUAACUUCUUCCUUUCCUUCCUUUAAUCGGUAAAUUAUAUUCUUAUAUAUAUAUAUAUUGAAUAUAAACUAAGAGGCGUGUUGAACUCUUAAAAAAGCAAAAUAAAAUGGUAAGCUUCCAUAAUGUUUAAAAUUACCUCUUCUGCAACCUAGUUGGUCACAUUGAACAGAUAUUCUCUUUGCUUGUUGCUUUUUAAGCCCUUAGGGCUACUAGAGGCACGGAUGAAAUUACUGAAAAUUGUGCUAAGGACUUUAAUAAUGAUUUUCCAUAAAGAAUAAUACCUAUCUGUAUUUUAUACUUCCAUCUGCAGCCAAUCUCGCAGAAUACAAUUAAUGGCUAAGGGCAAUUUAUGCAAAGUUCUUAUGUAUCGAAGGUAACUAGAAGUUGUAAAAAUAGACUAAGAAUUUCAUGCAAUUCCUUGAAAAAAUUUAUCAUCAUCGACUUUAUUACUUUUCGUCAAGAAUAAUUUUCACAAAGUAUAACAAUUCGUUAAAAAGUCAACAAGCAAAACAAAAUGUUUGCUUUCCAUAACAAACCGUAACUUUUAAAUCAAAAUUUCAAACGUUUUCUUAGGAACUUCGAAAAUGAAUCUAAAAGGGUUAACACAUUUUGCCUAGUUCAUACAAAUAAGUUUGUUAAAGUGAGGCCUUAAAAAAACAAAACCCGAAAGAAAGAAAGAAAGAAAGAGCAACUAUGCAAUUAAGAGAUGAGAUAAAUUGCAUUUUUGCUGCAGGACCGAAUGGCAACAAACUUAUAAAAUAAUGUCGCGACCCAAUUAAUUUAAGUACUAGUUACAACUUAGAUUUCAAACUCAGGUCAUAAAAUAAAUCAAUUGAAAACGUGUCCUUUUUCUAAGUUGUCAUACAAUAUAAUCAAUAUCUAAUUAAAUAGAAAACAGAAAAACAAUUAAAUCAAAAGAACAUGGAUCUUGGAGACAUUUCUUUUACAUGUGCUGUGCCAAAGACCUUGUGGAUUGAAGAUAUUAUACUUGAUCUAAUCAAAAAAUUACCACCUAAAUUAUUUGAUGAGAUACGGCCAUGGUGUUCGAUUAUAACGCAAUAUCCAUUCAUUCACAAGUUUACAAUUGCUGAGGCUAUAGAAACAAUUUCCAAAGCACGUAACCAGAGGACAGUUCAAAACGAACCCUUAUUCCCUACUGAUUGUCGCUAUAGUGAAGAUAAUUUAAACCAGUUCCUAAAACGUAAGCCAAUUCGUAUAAUGAUUGCCGGAGAUACAAAUUCGUCAUUCGACGAAAUCAACAAAGCACUCGCUAAAGAUUUCAAUACGUAUACAAUCUCACCAGAAAAAUUGAUUAUCAACGAAAUUAAACAAAAGUCAAAUUUUGGUAAAAGUCUAGAAAAUAUCGUGAAAACAGGUAGAGGAGUACCUGUUUGGGUUGUGAUGAAGCUGCUUGAGCACGAAUUAGAUAAUGAAAAGUAUGCUACCAAAGGCUUCAUUCUAACUGGUUUCCCAAUAGUUUCAAGUUUAACUACAACCUCUAAAAAAUAUAACAAAAAUAAUGAAUUUCAUGAUUUGGAAGAUGAAAGUCCGAAAGACUGUAUACAAAGGCAGUUUGAUUUUAUUAAUAGCUUAGGUUGUCGUCCAGAUUUGUUCAUCUAUCUAGACACUGUUCGUUAUACAAAACAAUUUACCGAAGCAAUUGAAAUUUUCCAAGAAUUUAUUCUUUUAUACUUUAGAGAAAAUGUAAUUAGAAUAGAUUGCCGAAUUGGAACCAAUGCCAUUUUGAGUUCCAUACGGAAUCGUUUUAAAUAUAUAAAUUUCAAAGUAAAUUAUGAGUGCUUUGUUAUGAAUGAAAGUCAAGACGAAACAAUGAGUAUAAUAGAACUGUGUGACACUGAAAAGGUGUUGCCUAACUACAAAUGGCUGAUUUCUAAAUUUGAUCAAAUCUGUCCCGUUGAUUUGUACCACGGGAGGUUGCGUUUGUGUGACACUAAAUUUCCAGUUCGCUACUUGAGAAACAUAUUUCUGUUUUUCUCUCAAAAAAAUCGAGCGGAAUUCAUUGAAAAUCCUGCGAAGUACAUGAAUCUUGAACCUAAAUGUCGACUUGCAGUUAUCGGACCACAUAGAACAGGCAAGACAACUUUGUCACAAUACUUAGCUAGAUAUUUAAAUUCAGAGAUUUACAAAGAUCAUAUCGAAAAAUCGAAGGAAUCUUACAAGUUUGCUGAUCUAACAAGAGAACUUGAGGAAUCGAAUGAGAAAUUGCUUCAGGAAAAUGAAAGAUGCAAACAAAAGAAGGCUGAAGAAUGGACUGUUUGUGUUUUAGGUGUUCUUAACGACAUUUUGUCAGAAGCCUUAAAAGAAAUAAGUUCGAAGUGGGACGUGUUUAGUACAAAACACGCUUAUCAAAGUUUGCAAACUAGUGAAACAUCAAAUAGUUGGACUAAAGCUUUUCUACUUGACUAUCUUAUUUUUCAAAAGAGCUUUGACAACAUAUCAUCAGAAGAUUUUUUAAUUUGGCUCGAAUCAAAGCCAGGGCUAACCUACAAACAAUACGUCAUCGAUUCUGCUCCCUUAAAUUUAAAUUUCUGGAAAGAUUUACAAAUCAAAGAUGAAUUACCCGAUUGCGUUUUUUUCUUAAAGGUAUCAUCCCUUGAAAAAUUGUUUGACACCUACGAUUAUAAACACAAUCUAAACUGUGUAAAUGGAAAAUAUAUCUCUGAAAGACUGCGGUCAAAGUUUGAAGAUACUAUAAAUAUAGAAGAUGUUUAUUUAGACGUGAGUCAAACAACACACAAUGUCAAUAGAGAGCCCUUUGAAAGAGGCAGUAAGCCAUUAAUUAAACAAAGAUAUAUCAAGGCACUCAAAUUUAUAGAAGAAUAUGAAGAAGUACAAAAUUUCCUGCAAGCUAAUAACGUGAAAUGCGUCGAUAUUGAUAUUUCAAAGCAAACUUGGACUCAAUCGGUACUAAAAGCACUAACUGAAUACUUUUCAAUUUAUCAACCUUCACCAUUUCCCAUGCACGACUUUUUUGAUAAUGAAAGCGAUGAAAACUUUGGCUCGAUUUCCUCCUAUUCCGAUAUUUUAACGAAUAAGGAAAACACAGAAAGUGAAACUGGUACAUUCGAUAACAACUAUGGCUAUUGUCUUGACUGGUGUCCAGUUUCCUUGAAUAAUCAAAAAAUUCUUAAGAAAGGUAAUGCACAAUACAGUGUUGAAUAUAAAAAUAAGAUGUACGCAGUUUGUUCAAGAGAGCAUUUAGCUGAAUUUAUGUUAAAUCCUACUCUGUAUUCCCGUUGUAAUAAACUUAUAGUGCCACCACCUAGAAUAUUCAUUCUAGGAAUAAGCUAUAAAAACAAGACUAACUUUGCAGAAUACUUAGCUUACAGUUUAAAUGUGCAAAGCAGCUCCUACAAACAACAACCAACAGCUUUACCGUUAAAUGAAGCCCUGGAACAAAUUUCAAUUCAGCAGUUUAAAGAUUCUUAUAAUUAUAUUAAACCGCAAUUUUUAAAAGACCUGCCAGACGAUUAUAAAAGAGGUACUGUGCUUGUUGGAUUGCCUUUUCUAUGGGAACAAUUUAAUGAUUUAAUUCAAAGAGAUAUAUAUCCCGAAUGUGUUGUUUCAUUUGAUGAUGAAGAAGAAAUGCACCAAACGUUUUAUCGAUACUUUUCAAGGUUAAAUAUGAUGCAAGCGUUGAACAUGAGUAAUACUCGGAUGGAUCUUGCUGCAACUUUUUCUCACAACUUUCGAGCACCAAGUAUAACUUCUUACAUUGAAUCACUAUCCGAAACCCAAAAGCACGAUAUUGAAGUAAAAUGUCUUCAACUAGUGCAAGCUUUCAAACACGAAAUUCUCAAAAUGGAAGAAGAAUGUCUUAAACUGGGCAUUGCAAUUUUGAAAGUACCCAAGAAUUACCAACUUAAAAAAACUGUUAAUUCAAUUGUCGAAUCUAUAAAUAAUCAUCGCCAUCGAGCAGCGUUGUUCGAGAACGUCAAACAAAUAACUAUGAAUGAGAGUGAAGUACUUUUAAGCUCUGGGUGUUAUCGAUUCAGUCGAUUUAAAUACUCUUGUCCAGUAGACGUGGCUCGACUUAUGACCCUUAAUCAAUUUGAAGGAUUGAGUAAGCAAGGAAAAGUCUACCCCUGCAUUUAUCUUGAUUUCGUUUAUUUUAUUUGUGGAAAAAAGAAUUUAAAAGACUUCAUGAGUAAUCCUCUUGAAUUUAUAAAUACCUGCAAUCCACCUCAGAUGCAAAAUCCUAUUACAAUCGCAGUAUUUGGGGUUUCAAAAUCGGGUGUUUCAACUAUUUGCCGUACAGCAGCACACGAGUUUGGAUUCAAAAUACUAGCUUUGAAUGAUUUAAAUGAAAAAACCGAUCAGGCUGUUAUUGAUCUUCUGAAUAUGGAGAGAAACUCCACUCCAAAUGGAUUUAUUUUGGAUAAUUUUCCCUUGACUCCUACUCUGCUCCAUGAAGCAGCUCUAAGAACAGUGGACAUAAGUGUUGUGUUAGUUGUUGUUAGCAGUUUUGAAAAAGUUAUACAAAACUGGCUCAUUCAAAAUCGAAAUCUAAAGACCUGUCCAAAAGAGUCACUAAAGAGAUUACAUAAACAAUUUUGUAAAUCAUUAAAGGCUAUAAACUGCCUUCGAGCAUCAAAUACAACGUCCUUGUUAAACAUACAAUACAUAGACGGUGACGCAAAUAGUUGGACAAUAUGGGAAAAAGUAAAGAACGAAAUUAUAAGAACGACCCGUUGCAUAACGAGCUACAAGAUUAAACUAAUAAAGAAUCGCUGUGCAAACCUUGGCUAUCUGAAUAUGUUCUACGAUGUCAUGACAUUCAAAAGGCAAAUUAACCAUUUCUAUUGCCAAGCAUGUCUGUCUCUAGGAAAGUUGAAAGCUUUUAAGUAUUUCUAUGUCAAUGUGGGAGCUGAGUUCUAUACCAAGUCAUGCCAAAACUUACUAAACCAGCCCUACGGCUAUACUAACCUAGAUAUUUAUAAGAAGUUCAAUUUUAGUAUGCCAUUCCAGACCAAUGAAAUGAUUGAGCCUUUAGUUACACAAACCAAAAGCAUUAUGUGCAUGUUUCAAUACAUCAAUAUUUUCUAUUGGGCUUGCAAUGACCACACAAUCAACUUCAUGCUCAACACACAGAAGUAUUUUAACGAUUCAGAGAAACUGAAGCCUUUGUAUGUUCCAUUUUUGGUGGUUGGAUACACAAAGGAAUACGUGGCUUUUCAAGGUUAUUGUCCAGUUUCGUAUAAGCAGGGAAAGUUUGUGAGAGGAGCUUUGAACUUGUCUGUUUAUUAUCGUAAAAAAGUUUAUCUCAUGUCCAAUACACAAAAUACCCACGAAUUUCUCAUGUUUCCUGAAAAAUAUCGUUCCCUUAAAUUUGAUAUUUCCUUGCUCAAUCAAAAGAGUGGGAUAUUCAGAGGAUUAAGUGAGAAUGUGAUAUCGAAUGUUGUCCAUGAAGCAUCAAAAUUAAGGCCGAAACACUUUGCACUAGAUGGCAGGCUAUCAGCUGCAACUUUUAUAGCUUUAAAACUUAAGUGCCUUGAUUUAAGUUCGAAGUACAAUCCAUAUUGGAACACUACAACUCGAAAUUUCACAAAAGAGUGCAAGAAAUUGAACGAAGAAGUCAAGAAAUAUCAACAAAAAAAAGACCGAAUCGUUUAAUCGAACACUUGAAUUCAAAUAAAAUUAUUUCAAUAAUUAAGUAUUUUCGACUGUAUUAAUAAAAAAACGUUUGUUUUUAAAGAACAUA